UUUUCAAUAAACACUUGUUUAUAUGAUAUUUUUAUUGAUAAUAUAGUGAGAAAAAAUCGAUAAAAAUAGGAACAUAUUAUAAUAAAAAUGUUUGAUGAUAAUAUUGUAAUUUACUUCGCCGCGAUAAUCCAGUUGGUGUGAGGAAGUCGGUCGUGCUUACAGGGUUGUUCCUAAAACUUUACGUAUAUCCAUUAAAAAAGCAGUUUGCCUGCAGCUUGGACAGAAAUCUUGAUCAUUUAAAAACGUAAAAAUGCAAUUCUCCCCGAAAAGGUGGCCACAUUUAAGCGAAACCAGACUAUGGUUGCCGACCGCCUCCCAAUGAUUGAAACAUAUGCAGCAGAGGUUUUCCUCGGAAAUAUCAUCCAGCUUUUUGUUCAAAUCUAUCAUCUGACAGUCUAUUAUUGUUUGCAUGGAUAAUUCCUGCUCCUCAGCCCUUUGGAGAAAAUCUUCGUUUUUUUUUAACUCCAGUUGCAAUUGACUUAGAAGCGCAUCGCUCUCUUCUUGAAGUUGACUGAUAUCCAAAUCAUUGCUGCCCUGCACCAGGUCUGCCAGCUGUUUGACCUUUCGUGCACUCCGCUGCCUCUCCUCCAAGAGCUCCCUGAUAAGUUUCCUCUUUGUUUUAUACUCCAUUGUAAACACAAAGCAAUGUUUAAAAUAAUGAUACAAUUUUUCCUACAAGUGUUUUGAAAGCUGUUGCCCGAUAGAAUGAUUUUAAAUGUGCUCAGGCGCUUUUCUUAGCAUACUAUGGAAUGCUGUCAAAAAUGUCAGUUACUGGCAUCUCCUAAAACUUUUUGUGUGUUUCUAAAGAAAACUUGUCGCCCAAAACUGAGAGACAUAUUUUAUAAAAAUCGGUAUGGAUAGGAAGGCGAUUUCAAAGAUGCUAAAGAAGGAUCUUAUCAGGGAGCUCCAGAAGGAAAAAAAACGGGCUAGACGAAUGGAAAAUCUUAUCCAGGCCAGAGUCCAUCGAGACGGCCUGCGUAAGCAAGUGCAUGAGGAGAUGAACAAAACCGAGGAGCUGCGUCAAAAGAUAGCUAUACAGGAUAUGACCAUAAGGACCAGCGUCGACACAGAAAAACGCAAGCUAACGGAAAUACUGGAUAAGAUAUCGGAAAUUAACAAGUGCUUCAUUUGCCGGUGCAACUAUGGGAAUGAAGGCGUUCACCGCAGAGCUUCUUUGAAAUGCGGUCACCUUUUCGGAGAGACGUGCAUCUACAAUCAUUUGAAGACCAACCAAAACUGCCCCUUCUGCAGUCUUCCAGCUACAUACAUAGAUAUCCGUGUUAUUAUAGCUGACAAAUACCUGUGCACAGCCGAUUAUCUUUCUUCGUAAAUUAAAUUAUAAAAUAAAAAUAGUUUCCCUAAAGGAGAAAGAACUUUCAAAGCAUUUUUGUAAAAAUUACUGUCAUUAAAAAUUGGUAAAACAUUAUGAUUUAAACCCCCAUGACAUGUACUUAAUUUCCUAAUUCAAUUAGUAGACAAACUUAAUGUUUCGCAAACGUAUUGAAAAUGAAGUGAGCAAAAUAAUUCCUUAACCAAUAAACCCCCGUCCACUCAAUGUUAUUGUUCUUGUGGUAUGAAAUAUUAAUAAUUCGGCAAAAACCAACGCGCCAAUCAAUUAAGCCUAAUAAUCUCUUCCAAAGACUAUGGAAUAACAUUGAACAUUUUUUCGCAGCACGUAAUAAAUUGAAGGGGAGUUGGGGAAAUAGCGAUAUAGUAAGUAAGGAGAGGGGGUACAAACAGUCUCACUUAAAGAAUUCAAACUUUGGAAAUAUAAAAUCCCUAAAUGGCAAAGAGCUCGGGGAACCGGCUCGGCUCGUACUUAUUUUUAAUAUUGGUUUAUUUUUUGGAGAACACGACUUUAAUUGGGACUAAACAUUUUUUUUUUAUAGUUUCAAAGAACUUUAGGUACAUUAUGUCAACUCUA